CUGACACGCAAACGAUAAUCAUCAUCUCUCCGUCCAAGAGGAACACGGUCAUCAUUGAGGGUUCGGUUAUUGACGAAAAGGACCUGAAAUCAAGACCAUUAGGCGAAGAAAUCAUGGGCGGCCAUGACGCGAUGGAGGUUGCCAAGACAGUUUUGGAGGUUGCUGACAUAGCAUGGACUGCCGUGGACUGCUGCCACCAUCACGGCAACCCCCAUAAGACGAGGAAUCUCAUGAUGAUCAAUACUUACUCGACGUCAGAAAACCGGGCAUCUUAGAGCUUACUCGAGCAAAACCUCAAGCUUCUCAAAUCUCUCCGAAUCUCCCGCUCUAUUACAGAUUGCCCUCCAGAUCUGUACAAACGUCUAAUAUCUACUGUGAAUUCUAAGGAUUUCUUGACUCGGCUAAAUUCUUUUAGCCAGGCAUCAGUAGAUGGAACUGGCAACGAGUUCCCAUUCAGAGAGCCCACAGGAGAAGAUUUGCAUUCAGCUGAAGUCCUCAUUAAUGUUGACCAUGAUCAACCCAGUUGGUGGGUAUGGGUCACUGAUGACAUGGUUCCAAGUAAGGUCGAAGAACGAAGUGGAAUUGAUGAUGAAAAUUAUGUAAUUAUCACUGAGGAACACGUGGUAGAUGGCAUUGCCAACUUUAUGGCUAAAUGCAUGAUUUCACAUCCAAAAGCUCGGGGUUUGGCACCAGAGGAGCUGCAGAAAAUUUUGGCCAAAGAGUUGGGUGGUGGGAGCAAGCUGGAGAAGCUGGAGAAGGUGAUGAAUAUUUGGCAUGCUGGAAAAAUGUUCUAUACGCUCUCAACAUGGGGGCUUGCGUUAAUAGGGUUGUACAGGAGCCGUGGUGUUUUAAAAAUUGCAGCAAAGGGUGUUCACAAAACGGCCAUGGUUGUUCUAAAGGCUCUCUGAAGUACCGUUUCCACUAGAUGAUUGUUGUCGCGUAAUCAAUUUAUACCCAAAAAAUUCAUGCUGUUUGCGUGUGUGCAUAAUAGCUGAACUUCCAUUCUCUUGAUUCCAUGAAGACAAAUGUAAAUAUUGUAAAUACAUGCUUUCAACUCUAUUAUAGUGAGCGACUGCAUUGAAUAUUUAAUUGAUCCAUUUCCAUGAUCAAUUUCCAAGCACAUCAUUGGUGCAUUGUCAUUGAUCAGGAUUUUACUUGUCAA